AUGGAGGAGGAGAAGGAGAGCGGCGACGGGGGGAGGGUGAGGGAAGGGGAACCGCGGAGGCUUCAGAAGACGAACACAUCUGCGGCCAGCAAUGGCAGCAUCGAACUGGAUCUUCUUGACUGCACCAUCUGCAUGGAUCCCCUCCGCCCUCCGGUCCGGUCCUCCAGCCUACCCAACAAGGACAGCUGCCACAUGUGUACGGCCACCGGUGGUUACAGUCGGUGCAUCGCGCUUGACAAAAUUCUGGAGUCAUUUUGUGUUCCCUGCUCCAGUGCCGUGUAUGGUUGCACUGUGAAGACACUCUACUACAAGGCUGAAGAUCAUCACAAUUCGUGCCCACAGGUGCCAUGUUUCUGCCCAGGACACGCCUGCAGCUUCGCCGGCACAACCGUCAAUCUCCUGGCUCAUCUCACCGGCGAUCACAAAUGGAAAUCCAAGGAGGUUAAGUACGACGCCAAGUUCACUCUGCCUGUCAAAGAAGGGACGUGGGUUCUCCACGCCCGAGACCAAGCGCCCCUAUUCCUUGUGAAAUUCACCCCGGCCGCCUUUGGGCAAUGUUGCCUCCGUCCUGUCAGGAGCACCAACCUCUCCGACGGGUUACUGUUCACAGAGAAUGAUGGCUCCUCACUGUUUGCUUCUAGCACCCGCAGCAUCACUGUCAGUAUCAUGAAGAUAGUGCGCGACAAGCGUAAGCGUGGGAAGGCGAUGCGUCAAAGUAUGCUUCCGUUUGUGGCAGCUAGUUGA